AUGAGGAUAGAAAGAAUGAAACCUGCUCCACCUUUCUAUUACACAACCUUAGAUUUGUUUGGACCCUUAACAAUAAGAGACACGGUUAAAAAGAGAACUCAUGGUAAAGCCUUUGGUGUUAUAUUUAACUGUUUAGUUACUAGAGCUGUUCACUUGGAUUUGGCUGAAAGAUACAGUACUGAUGAUUUUCUGACCACGUUUCAAAGGUUUAUUGCUAUUAGAGGAGCUCCUAAAGUUAUAUAUUCAGAUAAGGGAACUCAGUUGAUAUCAGCAAGCAAGAAAAUAGAAACCAUUGGAGAAAUGGAAGGGGUAACUUGGAUCUUUAAAAGGCCUAGUGAUGCACCAUGGUAUAAUGGGGCAAGUGAAGCACUGAUCAAAUCUGUCAAAAGGUGUCUUUGUAUUAGUGUGGGAGAUUCUGUGUUGAAUUUUGGAGAGUUACAAACUGCUUUGUUUGGUAUUGCUAAUCUGAUGAAUGAAAGACCAAUUGGAACAAAACCUGGAUUUAGUUUAGAGUUGCAGGGCUACCUCUGUCCCAAUAAUCUGUUGCUUGGUCGGUCCACUUGCUUUUGUCCAAGUGGGAUGUACGAUAUUAGUGGGGAUCACAAAAGGAGAUUAAACUUUAUACAAAGUAUAAUAGAAUCCUUCUGGAAAAAGUGGCAACGAGACUAUUUUCCAUCAUUGUUAAUCAGGCAGAAAUGGCAUACAACAAGGAGGAAUGUAAGGGUAGGAGAUGUGGUACUUGUGCAAGAUAGUAAUGUUGUGAGGGAGGCAUGGAAACUAGCACAGGUGAUUAGAGCUGAUCCAGGACAAGAUGGCGUUGUCCGUGAUGUUGAUUUAAGGCAUAAGAUUAUAAAGCAUGGGAAGGGAUAUGAUGGUGAAGUGGAUAAGAUUAUGUGUAGAUCAGUACACAGGUUGGUCGUGUUAUUACCAAUAGAAGAACAAUGUAAUCAUACGUAG